AACACUUGGCAGGACCAGUUGGUGAUGACUGGUCACUAGUGUAUCACCACCGCGGAGAUGAGGCUGCUCAUCACGGUCACACAAGACAAUCACGGUGGAAAUAUACUACGAAGAAAAAACUAGAGGAAGAUUAAAGAUCAGAAGCCAAAAAAAAAAAAAUAAUAAAUAAACGGGAAGGAGGCAUAAGUGUUCAGUGGUUAGGCGUCUAAGAAACUAUAUAAUAAUAACAGACUGUAAGAUGAUCAAACAGCCGUGAAGUGAGUGUAUUAUAUUGCGAUAUGAGCAAUCUGUCGCAGCAGUAGUGAGCUAGUGUAAUAGUGAGGUGUCUGUUAAUAUAAGUAAACAGCAGUUGAGUGUGUUCUCAAGCUACACUCAACGUUAGUUACAUUGUUAACCUGACCUACACUGCACCACGGGCAGGAACCUACUCCAGCAUCCACAAUGUAAUACAAACAUCGUGAAAUUCAUGGAGAAAAUAAUUCCAAUUGUAUCUUUACAUAAUAGAUUCCUCGAAAUUUAAGCAUAUAUAUAUAUUUUUAAUUAACACUUUCUUUGAAUAGGCUAGAUCAGUGAUACAUGUAAAUGAAUUCAGGUAUAAGCUGAAACACAUCCAUACUUAUAAAAAUAUUGGAAAUAAAUUGAAAUCGGGAUAUUAUUAAUGAAAUAUUAUUUCUAUUACAACUCUGUGUAAAUGGUAGAAAGAAAUUAAAGAAACUAAAAUGUGAAAAUGUGUCUUUAGAAUUAACUGGAACAGGUUUAAGUACAGAGGCUGGAAAUUUUUGUGAUAUAAAUACACUGAAACCAGGAAUUCCUAAAAAGAAUCUAAAAAAGAAGUUAGAAACUUUUGUGUUAGAAAUAAACUAAAACCAGAUGCUCUUGGACGAGUGAAACGUGAAGGACAUGAAACUAAACCAGAAGGGAAGAUUUGAGUUAGGAGUGAAGGUUCCAGGGAUAUUACUAACUGUGUCUCAGUCACCGAGAUGUCCUCUGAAGGACCCGCAGGAAUGUGACUAUUAAAAGGUAAUUGUAAGAACACUUGAAUGUAACUAAGAAUAUUUUAAUUUGACCCUGCAAUAACCGAGUGUUAUCAAGAAUACGUGAAUGGGUUACUAGAGCAUGUAAAUGUCACGCCAAGAAGCCAACGUGACUAGGGAUUCAAGAAUACGGUGGAAGGAUUGAAACGUUCCACAAUAAAUCUCAAAAGAUUCAAGAUUGUUGAAGAAUUCAUCUGAGACAACCAUGGAACGAGGUACUCUGGACAUCACCUCGCCUGAUGACUCCAGCAGGAGACGCACCUGGGCCCCGGCUUGGGCACUAUUAUCAAGGAAGGCAAUGGUGCAGCUGGCUGUGGUGGUAGCGGUGGUGAUAGUGGCGGUGAUAACCGUGGUGGUGGUCACUAAUGACUAUGUGAAGAGCCACUUGACGUCGCUGGAUCGAGUCAGAUGCCUCGAGCCGGGGGUGGAAGAGGCGAGGUGUCUCAAAGUGGGUUGUGUAUGGACGCCGAGGGUCGACGCCCCCAGCUGUUACUACCCCCCUGCCUCCGUCCACGGUUACCAGGUGACGACGCCCCCAGAGAGUGUCUCCCCGGGGGUGACCAGACUGACGGUGGAGCUCAAGGCCACGUCAGCUUGGGUGGUGCCGGCCAUGAAGGAGCACCUGCUGGUGGAGAUGACGGAGUACGGUGGCGACGUCUUCAGAAUCAAGAUUACGGUGCCUGGUGAAGAGCGCUAUGAGGUGCCAGUGCCACUAGAGUUACCUGAGGUGACCAGGGCUGAUAAUCCCAGGUACAGCGUCGCCUUCACCGCCCCCGGGAGCAGCGACUUCGCCAUCAUCGUCACGAGGACAGAAACGGAUCGCGUCAUCUUCGACACCAGCAUCGGAGGUAUGACGUACGCUGACCAGUUCCUUCAGGUAUCAACAAAGCUGACCUCUGAUAACCUUUACGGGCUGGGAGAGGCAACCCACCUCAGCCUCAGACAUAACCUCAACUACAUCACCUGGCCCAUGUUGGCCAGAGACCAGCCUCCUGGCAAGAUUGGAGAGAACCUGUACGGUGUGCAUCCCGUUUAUCUGGUAGUGGAGGAGACUGGCAGCUCCCACGCUGUUCUCUGGCUCAACUCAAACGCCAUGGAGGCGGAGACGAUGCCCUUACCGGGCUUGACGUUGAGGUCCAUAGGUGGUGUGAUGGACCUGUACUUCUUCCUGGGCCCCAGCCCAAUGGACGCGCUACAGCAGUACACGCUGGUGGUCGGCCCACCUGCCCUCCCGCCAUACUGGGCCCUCGGCUUCCACCUCUGCAGGUAUGGCUACAAUUCUCUGGACAAUCUAAAGGCUGCCGUCUCCCGCACCAGACGUCGCGGUAUUCCCCAGGAUGUCCAGUACGCUGACAUAGAUUACAUGGACCGUCGGAUGGUCUUCACAUAUAAUGAAGUCAACUUCGCCGGUCUUCCAGAGUACAUCAGGGAGGUCAAGGGUCAGGGUCUCCGCUUCAUCCUCAUCCUUGACCCGGCUGUCAACGCUGAGAUGAAAGCGGAGUACCCAAUCCACGCCCGCGCUCUCCUCAACGACGUCUACAUCAAGUGGCCCCAGGAUGUGAUCCCUCAGGAGAACUUCAACGCCGGGGACAUCAUGCUGGGAUAUGUGUGGCCAGACAACAGGACGGCGUUUCCAGACUUCUUCCGGAACUCCACGAAGGAAUGGUGGCAGGAGGAAAUCGUCUUGUUACAUAAAACACUGGAAUUUGAUGGACUCUGGAUUGACAUGAACGAACCCGCCAACUUCGGCACUAACGAACCUAAGCCGUGGAAUUGGCCCGAGAACCGGGAAUCGUGGAGCCUUUCCUGCCCGAACUCCACCUGGGACGAUCCUCCCUAUCCCAUUGCCGCCGCCUCCACCUGGGGCCAGGGUAAGAGGAUGUCUGACAAGACGCUGUGCAUGGUGGGUCUUCAGGGAGAGGAGAGAGAACUCCGCCACUACGACGUCCAUAACCUCUAUGGGUGGUCUCAGACACGACCUACUCUCCAGGCUGUGCAGGCGGCGACACAGAAGAGAGGAGUGGUGGUGAGCAGGUCAACGUUCCCCAGCAGUGGUAGGUGGGCGGGACACUGGCUAGGAGACAACACAGCACUCUGGUCACAUCUACGUCAAUCUAUCAUUGGUAUGAUAGAAUUCAACAUGUUCGGGAUGCCGCACGUGGGAGCUGACAUCUGCGGUUUCUUCCAAGAUACUACUGAGGAGUUGUGUGCUCGCUGGUCGCAGCUGGGCGCUUUCUAUCCCUAUAGUCGCAACCACAACACCCUCAGCUCCUCUGACCAGGACCCAGGACUGUGGCCGAGUGUAGCGAGUUCAGCUCGUGCAGCUCUCCAGGUCCGCUACACCUUGCUGCCCUACCUCUACACACUGCACUACCUCGCCCACACUCAAGGCCUCACCGUCGUCAGGGCGCUCUUCUUCGAGUUCCCCAAUAUCUCAGACACGUGGACAAUUGAUGACCAGUUUUUAUGGGGGUCGUGGCUUAUGGUCACCCCGGUCAUUGAGGCAGGACAAACACUGCGCAGUGUGUACUUUCCAGCAGGUGUUUGGUAUGACUACUACACGGGCGAGGCUGUCAACCAAACAGAAGGAAGGACGCUGGUGGUGCAGGCUCCUCCAACACACAUCCCCGUGUACGUGAGGGGAGGCGGUGUGCUUCUCACACAGCGACCCCGCGCCAACACCAUGCUGGCUAGGAAAGAACCUCUGGGUCUGAUCGUCGCUCCAGACUGGGAGGGUAGAGCCUCUGGCACCUUCUACUGGGAUGAUGGAGAGGCUGUGGAUCCUGUAGACUCGGGCGAGUACUUCACGGCGAAGGUCACGUACUCACAAGAGAGGAUAUCCUGGGAGGUGGAUCACUCAGACUCCGUGGCUGGCCCUCUGGUUAUAUCUGACGUGCGGGUGUUUGGUGUGGGUGCCCGACCCUCCCACCUGCUGCUCAACGGUGAGAGAUGGACCACUGGAGACUGGCACUAUGAUGAUGCCACCAGGGAGGUGAAGAUGUUCGACCUGGCGAUCCCCAUCCUGGAGAACUUCGAAUUGUACUGGAGCUACAACCUGGUCUUGAAGCUUCCCUGUCCACUCUCAUACGGAGACUGGAGCGAGACUGAUCCAGUUACUGAGGACCUGUGUCUGGAGAGGAACUGUGUGUGGGACCGGUCAAGCCAGGUGUCAUGUUCGCUUCCUCCGCUGACUGACUAUGGCUUCGUGUUUCAUGACGGCUUGGUGGAGAAGACUAGUGACGGGUUCCUCACUGUGUUGAGAAAGCUGGGAGCUUCCUUGUACCCGGAUCAGGUGGAAACCAUCACUUUCCAAGCCUUCCUCUACAGCGACGACACUGUCCGGCUCAAGUUUUACCAUGAUGGGGAAAGGCGCUACGAGGUGCCACUAGAGGUGAGAGUGCCAGUGAGUGGUGCCAAGAACCCUCUGUAUGAGGUGGUGCUUCCCAGCAAACACAACCCCGGAGAUACCUUCUUCUUCUACGUCGUCAGGAAGGACACGGGAACCAUUCUGUUUGACACCAGGAUCGGUGGAUUGACGUUGACGAAGCAGUUCCUGAGUAUCAGCAGCACGCUGCCCAGCAAGAAUGUGUACGGCCUCGGGGAGAACGCUCACGACUCCUUCCGCCACGACCUGGGAGGGAAGACUUGGCCCAUCUUCGCCAGGGAUCAAGGACCUCUUCCUGGGGUAAAUCAGCAGGUGAACCUCUACGGAGCUCACCCAUACUACCAGUGUGUGGAGAACGACGGGCGUGCUCAUGGCCUUCUCCUCCUCAACAGUAACGCCAUAGACUACCAGUUGCUCGACUACCCGGCCAUAACCUUCAGAACUAUCGGUGGCGUGUUGGACUUGUAUCUGAUGCUGGGUCCUCAGCCGGAAACCGUGGUCUCUCAGUACACAGCUCUCAUCCAUCGUCCCAGCAUCCCUCCGUACUGGGCUCUAGGCUUCCAUCUUUCCAGGUACGGGUAUCAGUCCCUGGAUGAGAUGAAGGCGGCGGUGGUCAGGACGAGAGCUGCCGGGAUACCACAGGACGUGCAGUACGGGGACAUCGACUACAUGGACCGCAGGAUGGACUUCAGCAUCGACCAAGAGCACUUCGGGGACCUGCCGAGCUACGUCGAGACCCUCAAAGCUGACGGAGUGCACUUCGUAGCUAUCCUCGACCCAGCCAUCAACGCUGAGCUGGAUGGAGAGGAGUACGGGCCGCACCAGCGAGCCCUGGAGGCUGACGCUUACAUCAAGUGGCCCCGGGAGACGACGCAGGAGGCGCUGCUGGCUAAUAAUGGGGGAAACCUGUCUGACGUCAUGCUGGGAUAUGUGUGGCCAGACAAUAGGACAGCUUUCCCUAACUUCUUCAAGGAGUCAGCUAAGGACUGGUGGGUACAAGAGAUCAAGACCUUCUACAACACACUCAAGUUUGAUGGACUCUGGAUUGACAUGAACGAACCCGCCAACUUCGGCACUAACGAACCCAAGCCGUGGAACUGGCCCGAGGACCGCGAACCCUGGAGUCUCUCCUGCCCGAACUCCAUCUGGGACGACCCUCCCUACGUCACUAAGGCAGCGUCACACGGGCCAAGCAAGAGGAUGUCUGACAAGACACUAUGUCUCGCUGCCUCCCUCGACACCUACCGUCACUACGAUGUUCAUAACCUCUAUGGCUGGGCCCAGACACAGCCAACCCACAGGGCGGUCCAGGAGGCGUCAGGAAAGCGAGGUCUAGUGGUGUCCCGGUCCAGCUUCCCUGGGAGUGGCAGGUGGACCGCUCACUGGCUGGGUGACAACCGGUCCAACUGGACCGACAUGGCUCACUCUAUCAUAGGGAUGCUGGAGUUUAAUCUGUUCGGGAUGCCGCACGUGGGAGCUGACAUCUGUGGCUACUUCCAAGACACGACGGAGGAGUUGUGCGCUCGCUGGUCGCAGCUGGGCGCCUUCUAUCCCUAUAGUCGUAACCAUAACAACAAGCACGCGGUCGACCAGGAUCCCGGCAUGUGGCCUGAGACGGUGGGGAAGGCGGCCAAAAUUGCACUAGAGAUUAGGUAUCGUCUUCUGCCUUACCUGUACACACUCUUCUACCUGGCUCACACCGAGGGUCACACCGUGGUCAGGCCCCUUGUGCAUGAAUUUCCAGAAGACCGACGGACACUGGGUAUCGACGACCAAUUCCUGUGGGGUGGGUGCUUGAUGGUCUCUCCCGUGCUGAAGGAGGGAGACCUGGAGAGACGCGUCUACUUCCCACACGACUUCUGGUAUGACUACUACACCGGAAAGCCUAUUGAGUGGCCAGGGGAGUACGUGAAGGUUCCUGCCCCGUGGGACGUCAUUCCUCUGCACAUCCGCGGGGGCCACAUCCUGCCCACGCAGCGGCCGGCCCUCAACACCUUCCUCUCAAGGAGACAGCCCUUGGGGGUGCUGGUGGCCAUAGGCCUCGACAGGAGGGCAUCUGGCCAGCUAUUCUGGGACGAUGGAGAGUCAAUAGACACAAUAGGGCGAAGAAAGUACAGCCUGCUAAAGUUUACCUUCAUUCAGAACUGGCUGAGGAUGACGGUGUUCCAGGACCUGGCUCAUGACCUGCAAGGUCUCAAGAUGGUGGACCUGGAGUUCCUAGGGGUGGAGAAGGAACCCUCGGAGAUUCUCCUCAACCAAGUGGAGCACCCCUUAGGCUCCUACACUUACGAGGCUGACUCAUUGAGGCUCCGCGUCACCGUGAAGGUCGACCUCGACAAGGACUUUGUCCUCGAGCUGAAGGACAUCUGGAGGUUCACCGUUGACUUGUGAGUUGAGGCCAACACCGCUUGGAGCUACAACCCGCUGAUAGAGGUCAAGAAGCCACACAGUAGCCCCGGGAUACAACCCUUAUGACCGGAUGUUCAGUAUGUUGAUGCUUCUGUGUGUGAUAGGGGGGGGGGAGAGGAAGGGGGCUCUUGUUCUAAGGAAGUGGCGCUAGUCCCCCCCUCCUUCCCCGUCCCCAUACAUCAAAUCUGAUAACCUCACAUUCUCCAGUGUGACUUUGUCGGACCGAGACCAUUUACAAAGUCACAGUGUGACUUUGUCGGUCCGAGACCAUUUACAAAGUGUGAUGAAUGGUUUUGAAAACCGACAAGUUGAAGAAUUGAGACACUUAUGCAACACAUGGGAAUCUUUAUUGAAGAAACGUUUCGCCACACAGUGGCUUCAUCAGUCCAAUACAAA